AUGCAGCAGUCACGCACACGAGCUGUAAAUGCUCUCAAGGGCAACCGCAACUUUUCCACCACAGCACAAAGAUGCGCCGUCUCGCCCUUCCGCAGACCUGCACAGGCUGUCUCGAGCAAAAUCACCCAAGAAGAUGCGAAGCGACCUCAGAGCACCGCUGCGGCGGCCGCCACACAAACACAGUCGCGGUCAAGACCGUCGCCUGCUUUCAAUCGCGAGGAUCAUAAGGAAGUCCAACCACUGAAGCAGUACCGUUCGCCUGCAAUGGACCAUUCGUUUGUUGGCAUGACUGGUGGAGAGAUCUUCCACGAGAUGAUGCUCCGCCAGGGUGUCAAGCACAUCUUUGGCUACCCCGGUGGUGCGAUUCUCCCCGUCUUCGAUGCCAUCUACCAGUCAAAGCACUUCGACUUCAUCCUUCCACGACAUGAACAGGGUGCCGGCCAUAUGGCAGAGGGUUACGCCCGCGCAAGUGGAAAGCCUGGUGUUGUGCUCGUUACCUCUGGACCCGGUGCCACCAACGUCGUCACACCCAUGCAGGAUGCGCUGAUGGACGGAACACCCUUGGUUGUCUUCUGCGGUCAGGUCGUUACCAGCGCAAUUGGAUCAGAUGCUUUCCAGGAAGCUGACAUGGUCGGCAUCACAAGACCUUGCACAAAGUGGAACGUCCUCGUCAAAAACAUUGCUGAGCUACCGCGAAGAAUCAACGAGGCUUUCGAGAUCGCGACAAGUGGACGGCCCGGCCCCGUUCUCGUCGACUUGCCCAAGGAUGUUACCGCCAGUGUCCUACAAAGAGCUAUUCCCAUGAGCAGCACUCUUCCGACGACUGUCAGCGCCGCGACUAUUGCUGCUCGCGAACUGAGCAAGCAGCAGCUGGAUUCCUCCAUUCGACGAUCUGCCGACCUCAUCAACAUGGCGAAGAAGCCCGUCAUUUACGCCGGCCAGGGUAUUCUCCAAACUGAGAAUGGACCCCAGCUUCUGAAGGAGCUGGCGGACAAGGUCAACAUUCCCGUAACCACCACCCUUCAAGGUCUUGGAGGAUACGAUGAGCUUGAGCCCAAGUCUCUUCACAUGCUCGGCAUGCAUGGCUCGGCCUACGCCAACAUGGCCAUGCAGGAGGCUGAUUUGAUUCUUGCUCUCGGUGCUCGCUUUGAUGACCGUAUCACUGGCGCCAUUUCCAAGUUUGCACCUGCGGCAAAGGCGGCCGCGGCUGAAGGUCGUGGUGGUAUCAUCCACUUCGAGAUCAUGCCCAAGAACAUCAACAAAGUUGUACAGGCAACCGAGGCCGUUGAAGGUGACCUCGGCACCAACCUGAAGCAGCUUCUGCCCCUCGUCAACGAGGUUCCUGAGAGGCCGGAGUGGCUGGGACAGAUCGCUGCCUGGAAGGAGCGUUUCCCCUGGGCCUAUGAGAAGGAGGGCGAGAACGGCCUGAUCAAGCCCCAGACUGUCAUGGAGAAGCUCUCUGAUCUCACGGCGGACCGCAAAGAGCAGACCAUCCUCACUACUGGUGUUGGUCAGCAUCAGAUGUGGUGCGCCCAGCAUUACCGCUGGAGAUACCCGCGCACCAUGAUCACAUCGGGUGGUCUCGGAACGAUGGGCUACGGUCUUCCCGCCGCCAUUGGUGCCAAGGUUGCGCGACCAGAAUGCACCGUCAUCGACAUUGACGGUGACUCCUCCUUCAGCAUGACUUUGACCGAACUCUCAACCGCUGCCGAGUUCAACAUUGGCGUCAAGAUCAUUAUUCUUAACAACGAGGAGCAGGGUAUGGUCACCCAAUGGCAAACCCUGUUCUACACCGACCGCUUCGCGCAUACCCAUCAACGCAACGCCGAUUUCGUCAAACUCGGUGACGCCAUGGGUGUCCAGGCCAAGCGAUGCACCAAGCCCGAGGAGCUUGAGGACUCGCUGAAGUGGCUGUUGGAGAGCGACGGCCCAGCUCUGCUAGAAGUCGUUACUGACCAGAAGGUGCCUGUGCUACCUAUGGUGCCUGCAGGAAGUGCGCUGCACGAGUUUAUGAUUUACGACGAGAAAACCAUCAAGGACCGCAGAGCGCAGACCAAGGCGAGGUCGGGCCGUUAA